AUGAUCUCGUACGUGGAGUGUCUGGGCGGCGAGGGGGCGUCGCCCUCGGAGGGGGGGGGGGCGGCGGCUCGUUGCUGGAACGGCAUUUCUGACGAAGAUCGAGAAGAGCUGCUUCCUCCCAAAAUGGCCGCCUUGCAACCGAAGACGGAGGGCAGUCUUCGGCGACGCCUCCUCAGCGCCAAACUACGACAACAACAGCAGGACGCCAUUUUGGCUCUAAACUCUGGCGGUGGCAUUGUUCCAUCGGGGGCCGAUAAAAAGCCCCCGCAGCAGUUUUGUAGCCCGUGGUUCCACCGCCAACCCCAAGAGGCUCAUGGGAAACCCGUCGCUCGCUACCCGGUGCUAACGACGCGUAGCCGCACCAGGUCGUGCCCCCCCACCCCGGAGCCCCGCCCCUUAUACUCACUUCCUGCCCCCCGUCCGAGUCUCUACGCCACAGAGCCCCCCGUCCGGGAACCUGAGGCGCCGCCGCAGUACCGCUAUCGACCCAGCAGGGGGCGGGGCUUCCUCUGCUUCAAGAGGCGGAGGAGCUAUGAGACAGACGCCACGCAGGCCACGCCCCUUCUGCAACAAGGGGAGAGGGACAGUAAGUGGUCGGUGCACUACACUACCCAGAAGCCCCUGCUGUUCGUCCCUGCUAAGAGACGCUCCGGCAGCGCGGAUGAUCUGCGAGGUCAGAGGUCAACGGAGAGCUCAGCAUGUAACGGGCUGACUCAGCAUGGCUGCAGCCGACCAAUCAGCUCUCAGUUCGAUGCGUCAUGUUCCGCCCCUCAUCCCCGCCUCAACCAAUCAGAGAGCAGCUCGGCACGCAGAGGCUGGAAGGACAAAAGCAGGAGGAUGUCCUCAGCGUUCUCUGACGAUGACGAGGUGUUCAUUCUGAACCAAACGCGCCCCGUGACUCCUCUGGUUCUCAACCCGGGUCACCGAGCCUCCUGCUGGGACGUCUUCACCUACGAGCAGCCUGAGGAAGAGGAGGAAGAGGAGGAGGAACAGCUGAACCCCCACCUGCCCACACCUGAGGAGAGGAUGAGGCAGCAGGCGGGGGCCGUCCCAGCUGACAUCGUCCCCAUCAACAUCACAGGAGAGAGUUUUGAUCGUCAGGCCAGCUUUCGUAAAGUUGCUCCCAACACCGACUCGUUAUUGAACCGACCGCGACUCCUGAACCGCCGAAAGACCGUCACCGGGAUCCCAGAGGACGUCAGGAGACUCGACUCUCAGCUGGUCCUGCCGGGUCAGUACUCCACCGUGGGUCGACCUGCCUCCUGUGAACCACCAAGGCACUCAGAUGAGGAGGUGAAGUGCCCAUCGAGGAGGAUUAGAGCCCCGAGAGGAAGGGGGAUGUCCAGCCUCAUGGCCUCCCUCACCUCCUCCCCCACCUCAGAGGUUUACAGCCUCCCCCGUCAGGAAACCACCUCCUCCCUGAACUCUGAGGCCAGUGGAACCAGCGCCUCCUGCAGGACCAUCAGCGCCUCCUCGUCUUGUUGCCAGGAGCUUGAAGGAUUCCCCAACGCCCCCGCAGCCAGAGUCCUCCCCCAGUCUCCCUCCGAGUGGUCUUACCCCAGCGACACUACCCUUAACGAGUCUCCCAGUUCCCCUUCCUCCUCCUCCCACUACCGCUCUUCUUCCUCCAUCGCUGAGUCUCAGAUCAGCUACCAGGCCCUCUCCCAGAGCUCCAGCAUCCAGAGCAGGGAGACGGACUGGAGCGGCAUCGGCCAGGAGAUGAGGUCUGUUUCUGGGGAAGGUUGGAGCGGUGACCCCCUGCUUUCCUCUGGUCGCUCCACCCCUUCUAACACCUCAGAGAGAGUCGCCUCCUCCAUCACAGAUUCCCAGAUCAGCUACUUCGGCGACCCCCCAUGGUCCUCCGGUCGCUCCAUCGCCCGCAGUAUCUCCCUCCGGAAGUCCAAGCGUCCUCCUCCCCCCCCGCUACGCUCCGACUCCCUGAGGCAGCAAAGGCAAGCUCGGAUGAAACCACCGCGCUCCAGAAAAACUCCCAUCUCCUCCCCCAUCUCCUCCCCCAUCUCCUCCCCCAUCUCCUCCUCCUCGAAGGCCGUCCAAGACCCCUGGGUGCCCCGGAGCAGCAAGCGGCGCCAGAGUGGGUUUAACUGUGGGACCGUCACUACUUUUGAACCCUUAACCUCCCCCUCUGAGGAGGUACCGCCUAUAUCCCUCCCCCAUUCUCCCCUCCUCCCCCCUGGAUCAGAGGAGGAGGGGUUUAACCUCAACCCCCAGCCCAAUGCCUUUCUCGGGAUUCAACGUCUCGCCUCCCCCUCCAGCGGAUACUCCAGCCAGUCUAACACCCCGACGCCCGGCACUCCUGUUUCCUCCCCCCUCUCCCCUUCCCCCCCUCUCUCCCCCCUCUCAGCCUUCUCCCUCCCCCCAACUCACCCCCUCUCCCCCAUACCAAGGACCACCUCCAAGGUUGAAGGGAGGGCGAAGCCACCUGUGCCGGAGAGGAAGUCGUCCCUCAUCUCCUCCCCCUUUUCCUCCACCUCCUCCCUCUCCUCUUGCACCUCCUUGGACUCUUCAGCUAAGCUUCCUCCCCCUCCUCCCCCACCUCCUCUCCCACAAUGCACCUCUCUUUUGCCUCCCGUCUUUUACUCGCCAACUUUCGUAUCUCCUCGACUUCCUGCUCCAUCCUUUACCAACCUCUUUGCUGCUCUUCCUCCCCCACCUUCAUCUCUUCCUCCUCCGCCUCCUCCGCCUCCUCCUCCUCCACCUCCUCUCCCAGCUUCAUCCCUCCCCCCUCCUCCCCCUCUUCCUCCUUCCUCCCGACCGCCUCCACCCUCCUAUUCCUACUUUGCCAAACAAACCUUCAUAAUCCGCAAGUCUCCAAACCUCCCCCCUCUCGUCACUGCACAAGCUCUGCAGGGCGUCAAGCUUCGGCACGUCAAGAACCAGGAAUGCCUGCUAACUAGCAUCAUGCUAGCUGAUUCUGCUAAUGCUAAACACGAGCUACCUAGUAAAGAAGCCAAUCUAGGCAGUGCUGUGUCGGCUAAUGCUGAUGCUAAACUAGUUGGAACUGGGACACAAAAAGCUGUCUGUGAUCUUGAUAGCAAUGAAGCUAACAUCAUUAGUGAUUUAUUUGGAAAUGCUAACCUUGAUUGCCCAGCCAAUGCUUACGUAACGCAGGCUGAACAUGAUAACUACAACCCAACAAAAAGUGACAUAAGGAAACCCAACGAUACGUCUUCUAAUGCUAAUCUUCAGAGCCCAAAAAGCACUGUUGCUAACCAGAGAAGCUCUGAGCCUAAAGCCCAAGAUAUCCAGUACACGGAACCAGAGAAGGAGCAUUCAGAUAUGUAUGCAACACUGGCAAACACUCAAGUCUUCACACCUGAUAGUCCCUGGGUCAAAAUGUCUGACGGAACUGACGAAGACCACAAUAAAAUAACUGUCCAACAACAACAACAAGUCACGGAUACAAUGUUAGCAGACGCUAUGCUAACUGCACAACAAGGAAACACUGAUUCUUCAUACUGGACCCUCUCUGGAGCAAAACAAAGAGAAAGUAGAACAAGCAAAGAUGGCAUAGAGACAAACAAUAGGAAUGAUUCAGAAAUGUGGAAUGGUGCAGCUGAUGGAGUUACAACAUCCUUUAGUGAUUUAUCACAGAAUAAUAUAGUCUGUAAUGAAGCUACCCAGAAGAACCCCCGCUCCCCGAAGAAGCCGACCGUCCCAAAGAAACCUGAUCUUGGCGUCCUGGGUCUCAUGGCGUCCCCGGAGGCAAGAAGAAGACAAGUUGGGUUAAAGAGGCAAUCCCAGCUUCCCCCUGAUUCCACAUUGCACAGUCCUCCCAACAGCAGUUCGCCUUCACCAAAGCACUUGGCACAAACUACUGAAAGAACCACAAGUCCUGAGGAAUCAGUGACCCCUUCCAGCUCCCCCCAAAGGCAGAAACCACCGAUUGUGCACAAGAAGCCAGAUCUUUCCCCCGAAAGAAUCAAACAACUCAUUGAAUUUGGAACUCAAGGGGAGUCGUCCAAAGGGAACUGUGCCCCCCAGGAGGUCGUUGGUAUUUCACAGACCAUGGGUGCCUCAGGGAUCGUGGAAACCACAAGGGCUAGAAACACUUUAAACGGCAACAUGGGUACAUUGGAGAACUGUGGUACCUCAGGAACACGGGGAACCUUGCAGACCAGUAGAAUAUACGGACACUGUGAUGCCUCAGGGAUCAUGGGACUCUCCGAGACUCAGAGUAUCAAAGGGGCGACUAAAACUGCUUUGGGGAGCUGUAGUACCUCAGAUACAAUUGUCAACUCAGAGAUCGAGGAUAACACAAGGGCUAGAAACACUUUAAACUGCAACAUGGGUACCUUGGAAGAUUGUGGUACCCCAGGAGCAUGGGGAACCUCAGAGACCAGUAGCAGACGAGGGAACAAGGGCAUCUAUAGCCACUGUGGUGCCUUAGGAUCAAGAAUCAUUUCAGAGACCUGUGGCACUGUGAGCACCUUGGGGAACCAUGGUACCCCAGACAUCACAGAUACUAGAAACACUUUAAAUAGCACCAUGGAGACAAGAAGCAACCUAGGAACAAAUGGCAUAAAUGGGAACUUGGGACCCUCUGGAGUCAUGGGUAUCUCCGCGAACCGGAGUCCCAAAAGGGUUCUUAACACUAUCAAUGCGACCACGAGUACUUUGGAAAACCGUGGUACGUCAGGAACAACAGGUACCAUGGAGACCUCUAUCAACCUAGGGACCAUUGGCAUAAAUGGGUACUGUGGCCCCUCAGGGGUUAAGGGUAUUGCAGAGCACAGUGAUAUCAAAGGGGCUCCAAACACCAUCAAUGGUUACAGGGGUUCUUUGGCGAACUAUACCUCAGAAUCACGGGGCAACCCGGACAUGUGUAGCUCCUUAGGGUCCAUAAGCACCUCGGAGAACCGGGAUACCUUAGGAUCCUUUAACAACUUAGGGGCCAUGGGCAUCUCUAGGAACUGUGGUCUUUCAGGGGUCAUUGGCACUGCAGAGUAUUCUGGUAUUAAAGGGGCUCCAAACACUAUCAAUGCAAGCAUGAGUUAUAUGGCCAACUGUGGUACCUCAGAAUCAAGGGGCACCUCGGAGACUUGUAGCACCCUGGGGACCUUAAGCACCUUGGAGAACCAAGAUACCUUAGGAACUUGUGGAACUACAGAGACCUGUAGCAACGUAGGGACCAUGGGCAUCUCUAGGAACCUCAGUACCUCAGGAACAAGGGGAACCUCAUACCUUGGUUCUUGUAGUACCUUGGGGGACUUUGGGGCAAACGGAGCGACUUCCUCCCAAAACGGUGCCUCAGACCCCUGGACUAUCAACACAAGACUUCAUAAAGAUGAGGACAAAACACCUCAGAGGAUCAUGAUGACGUCAUCGAUGGCUGAAGAGGAAGAGGAGGAAGAGAGAGGGAUGAAGACGACCACGAUGAUGAUGAUGCCAACAACCACCAGGAAAAAGGACAAAUCGAGGAAGAGGAGGAAGAGGAGGGUGGGCCGACAGCUGCUGAUGAACGCGUCGACUACGAGGCGCUCCUACUCUUCCUCUUCCUCACUGUCAUCGUCUUCAUCUUCAUCCGACGACGAGCGGGAUGUGGUGAAAGGAAGAACGAUGCAAACAAGAGUGAGGAUGACGACAGAGAUUCCCUGCGCUCUGAUUGGUCCGAGCAGCUGCUCCCUCAGCAGUGCGCUGUCCAAUGAGAGCCUGCCUGGGGCGCCUUCACUUCCUGAUCUCCUGAUAGAGGAAGAGGAGAAGGAGAGGAGCGACGAAGGCAGGACGACGACCGGAAAACAUGAAGACGGCGAUGUGUUCCUCAGUGUUUCUGCGGAUCAGAUGUUCGUCUCCGAUCGACCGCGAACCACCGAGGAUCUGUUCACCGUCAUCCACAGGUCUAAGAGGAAGAUGUUAGGAAGACGGGAUUCAGGAGAUGAUGGACGACUCUCCUCCUCUUCCUCCUCCUCUUCCUCUCCGGUCACCCCCACCUCCCUAAAGGGUCAGAGGUGGUCGAGGAGCGACAGCUUUAAGGCUCUCCUGCUGAGAAAGGGCGGUCGCUCCGACUCUUCUUCUCGAGUCUCUGCCGUUGAGCGUCUCCGUGUCCUUCCUGUGUCCGGCCACCAGAGGGCGCCAGAGCAUCACAGCAAACCUGUCCUUCCUGUGUCCGGCCACCAGAGGGCGCCAGAGCAUCACAGCAAACCUGUCCUUCCUGUGUCCGGCCACCAGAGGGCGCCAGAGCAUCACAGCAAACCUGUCCUUCCUGUGUCCGGCCACCAGAGGGCGCCAGAGCAUCUCAGCAAACCUGCAGAAACCCCAGAUCUGUCCGGUUUUAACUCGCCGCCAUUCGAUCACAACUUCUCCCUGAUUGGGUUCGGUUGGGGGCGGGACCUCUUCCUCGCCUCCUCCUCUUCCUCUCCUCACUUCCUCUUCCUCUCCUCCUCCUCCUCUUCCUCUCGUCCUCGCUCCCUCACCCCCCCCUGCUCCUCCAGCCGGCGUUUCUCCGCUCGCUCUCGCCUCUUCGCCGCCCCCAUGACGGCCAUCUUUGAAGGAGGGAGUGAUGAAGAGGAGGAGGAAGAGGAUGAGGUUUUUAUGGACGUUUGAAAGGCCUUUCCUCUGAAUGUAUGAAGCACAUUUCUCUCUACGGAAGCCUGAAGAGGACAUGGCUGUGAUUACUUUAUACUCUCUCUCUUUAUCACAGCGACGAAUUUAGGUCCAAAAAACUAGGAUUACUGAG